AUGACCAUCUCCCUCAAGAGAGAUGGGAGAGAGGAGACGAGGGGUACCUGGAGUGGUGGUGAGAGAGGAGGAGGGGAGGAGAUGCGAGACGUCCGCCCACGCUCGCUACAAGACAUGACUCUCUCGCUCUCCCACUCUCCCACCCACGUGGGAUCACCUCCAAGACCGACUGGUCCUCGUUCACACUCGCGCACGGACCCGAAGCGCCCCCAGGCCCUCCAGCCAGACUCACGAGUCGUUCUCGCCCUCGAGCUCGUCCUACCUGAACGCCCGAACGCCUGGUGCACACGUAGCCCCGAUGCAGUUGCUGGAGCCGUUCGCGUACGCCGCUGCGAUGCGGUUCCACGUGUGAGGAAAGCGUUCGCCGUCCUCCUGCAGCCCCAGCCCCAGCAGCCCGGCGCCCGUGCGCUCAAGGAGAGAGGUGGAGGAUUUUCGCACUGCGCUAGGCGAGCCGGCAGUGGUGCAUGCGUCGCCGAUCGUGUUCUGCAGGAGGCAGCGCGCGGGGAGGACGGCUUGGAGGCGAUGAAACGGCCUGGACACCCGGACGCCCGGAGCGAAAUCCCUGGAUUCCUGGGAACCCUGGUCAGGCCCCCCAGGUGUCCUCAGGAUUUUGGGAAAUUACUGAUGGAGUGCGGCUCGCCGUGGAUCGUGGUCGACUCUGGGGCGAACUGGUUUGUCAACAUCCGGGUGGUGUCGACGCGGAUGGUGCACGACAGGGCACCGGUUUUUGUCGUGCUCUACCGCGACCCCAACUGGCUGUGCUGCCUCAGUACUCCUUCUCCUGUGCACAAAGGUGAGCUCGUGGGUGUCGUUGCGCGGGCGAGGAGGGCGAGACGUGGGCGAGACGGUGCGACGUGUGCGACGCAUGCAAGGUGGGUGGUGCGGGCGCGGGAUGGGAAAUGCGGGCAGGGCGGACGGCGGCGAGGCGAGGACAAGAUGCGGGCGAGUCGGCGACGUGGGCGACACAGGAUAUGGAGGAAACUCGGAGUGGACGAGGUGGGGGUGACGCACACGACGGCGGGUGACGCGGGCGCAAUGCGGGCGCGAGAUGCCAGGAGGGGUGACGCAGGCGAUGGCAAGCGGUCGUCACCCACGUUAAACAUGGUUGAGACUGGGUUCGCCGAUUGUGAGCAUCCCAUCCCGCGCGUGGACAUAGACGGACAAAAGGACGCACCCGCAUCUCUGUGUGGAGUUCACCCUGGUCGGAAUGAGGUUUGGGGGGACCGUGCCGCCCAAGGAGAGCGGGUCGAUCCAGGUGUCACAGCUGCCGGUGUUGAGAAGCACCUGUCCACACGCGCAUGCAGGGGGAACUCGCGUCAGCAUGUGGGCAGGCCGAGCCCAACGCCCACGCCCUCCCCGCGCGAGACGGAGACGGGGAGGUGUCCAUCCGAGGAGCGAGCCUGUCGUCUGCCAGGGGUCAGUGUCGGUGUCGGUGGAGGGGAGGGGAGCGCGCGCGCGAAGGCCGGCCACACGAGCGCGUCGAGGACAGUGAGGACGAGGAGCGGCCCGGCAGAGGCUGGCGAGCAGACAUGGGUGAAGCAGGCGAGGCGAGCGAUGCGGGUAGACGUGAACAACUACUUCGUGGUGGGCGCCCCUGAGGGUGUCAUCGGGCGAGAAGAGGGAGCGAGAGAGCCAGUGGGCAAGUGCGAUGGUGAACGCGUGCUUGUAGGGGGUGUUGAUGUGGAGCAACUGGAGGGCGGUGAGGCAGAAGGGGAGGAGAGGACGACAAUAAGGACGACAUGCCAGAUGCUCCUUCCUCUUCCUCCCCCCGGCCUCAGCUAUGACGGCGGACACAUUCCAUGGCUGGAAGGCCGGGGCUCAGGGACGUUGCCCACAACGCCUGCGGUUCCUUUGUGCAUCCCCAGGGUAGCCUUGCAAGGAAUUGGCCACGGUAUCGCAUCUCGUCUUGGGAGCAGGGCCAGACCUGCAUGGUCAUCAGCGCGGCUUCCCAAGUCCCAUCCAGUCCUCAAAGAUAUGUACAAGAGCGAGGUCACGAAAGCAGCCUUGUCAACCUCAGUAACACGUGCUACAGGGGAUAGGGACGUAGUUGGUAUGCUAUCGGGGCUCCACGAGCAACACACCCCCGACCACUGCAUCACCAAUUCCGGUCAGAUCGCGACCAUCUUAGGCUUGAUGGAUCCGUCAGAAUGCGCUCUUGCAAUGGAUGGCGCUGUUGACGACAAGCCAGGCCCCAGUCUCGAUAAUCGCUUCACCCCAACGCGCAAGACGAAGGAGCAGAUGACGAAGGUGGUCAAGCGGGGCUCAUGCCCGUCGGUAACGCCCAUACGAGGUGCCCGCGUCGCCGUCGGUAACGCCCAUACGACCUCGUACGAGCCCCAACUCAACAUCCUGGCCCGUACUCGGGGCCCUCAGGCCAGCACGCAAUUUAUCUCCAGCAACGCAUGGAAUACACCGCCGCAGACCUCCGCAGCACUUAACAACUGCUUGUGUUACCAUAAUGCCCGCUUUUACGGCCGCGCGUGCGGUGGUUACCGCGCGGGGAUGCACACACUGCCGGAGCUCGUACGAGCACGUACCCCGUCUGAGACGGUCGUACGAGCUCCCCCACACAGAGUGCCCGCUUUUACGGCCGCGCGUGCGGUGGUUACCGCGCGGGGAUGCACACACUGCCGGAGCUCGUACGAGCGCGUACCCCGUCCGAGACGGUCGUACGAGCUCCCUCAGGCGGCACCCACCAUAUUUCCGGUAAUGAAUGUAGCACGUAGCCACGUACGUUCUGAGCCCAGAAUGCCCGCUUUUACGGCCGCGCGUGCGGUGGUUACCGCGCGGGGAUGCACACACUGCCGGAGCUCGUACGAGCACGUACCCCGUCUGAGACGGUCGUACGAGCUCCCCCAUGCGGGCAGUGAAUACCGCGCACUGAGGAAAACAGCACCGGAGCUCGUACAGGCUCACACGCCCAUGGGUAAAUGCAUUUACAUCACGAACGGUGUAUACUACGUUGAAAUUGUUUCCCGCGUGGUAGAGAUGUCAGACAUUGCCGCAAGAAUAUACUUGGAAUGCCCGGUGAACGGCUGCGAAUCGGUAGAGGUCGACUUAGACCCAUACGAUGUGGCAUUGGUCUUUCCACGGCCGAAUAUUGGCCAAAUGGUGCGGAUCCGCGGAUUCGUCGAACAGGACAAUGCGUUUGAGUGCGAAGAGCUCAUAACGGCACAAGAGGCGAUGUGCACGGAUGGCCUGAUAGUAACCACACCUCGCAUGGCCCUGUUCCGGAACGGGCCUUGGCAACUGGAGGAGAAGCAAGUCGGAUUACGGGAUAGGAUAUGGAGGCGUUGUAAAUCACUGGCUCGAAUGGGAUGUAUGUAG